AUGACACCACCAACCCAGUCCCCAGUGACCGACGGCCAGCCAAACAUAGACUUCGAUUGGCUCUCAGGCUCAGGCUUAUCAACUCUCGACUGGGACUUCCAAUAUUUUGUAGACGCGGAUUUAUCGAAUUUCUCAACUCUUGAUAGGUCUCCCGGGCCCGAGCUAAGCUUUGAGGACCAGAGCCUCGAAGUGCAGUACGCAGGAGGAACACAGGAACCCCUUCUGGUAGGGAGUUCCAGUCUUGCAGGUGAUGGUGUUGUCUCUACCACUACGCUUGGUUCUAUCGCCCCCCCAAUUACAAAAGCUCAAUCCAAGUCCACCCUACCGCACACGGUGAUUGAUCUUACUGGAGCGGACAGAGAUCAUGGGUAUACUACACCUCCUGAUACGCCGGAAUCUGGGCUCUCGUCCUCUUCAAGCAUUAGUAAGUGUCCAUUUAUCUGAUCUUGGCUAGACUAAUAAUUGAUAGCAUAAUCUGAUCCACCUAUCAACACCGAGACGAAUUCAAGCCCUGCAUCUGAUGAGAAUCCAAGUACUAAGAAGAGGAAGCGUUCCACAGGUUCUACAGGCUCCAACAGUUCAACCGCUCCAACCAAAUGUCGGCGAACCCUGCGAGCGACCACGGUAAAAGACUGCCUAGCAAAUGAGAUAGAUCACAGCAGUCGAUGGUUAGCAAGGGUGAAAAAGAGCAUUGAUGAUUGUAAAGCGGACUUAGAUGCUAUGGAGAAAGAGAAGGAGAGGCUUCUCACAGAGAUUGAAAGAAAGAGGAAGGUGGUUACACGCCGGAAAAAUGAGUUCAUCGAGUUAAAGAAUAGCAUGGUGGCCUGGGGUGCCCUCAAUGAAGAGGUCUCAGAAGAAUGGAAAGCACGUUAG